AUGGCGGACGAAGAAAGCUUGAGAAACAAGAACGGCAAGAACAAGAAAACGACGACAAUCACAAAACCGAGGAGUAAAUCAAAAUCCCACAGGAGAAAACCACAGAAUUUACUAAACGUGGGGAACAGAGAAAAAGGUGAGCGUUUUCGAUUCAACAUUUAAGGAUACUCCUCAAUAAUCUAUCCUCCUCACAUGUAUCUUAAAAUCAGCGCGUGUUUCUUGUACUUGUAGGCCAUGCCUUUGUCGAGAAACGAAAGAAGAUGGCUCUCAGAGAGUACAAAAAGCUACUAAAGAAAACAAGAAAAGAACAAGAACUGCGCAAAGAAUCAGGUGAAAAAGUUCAGCAAACUAAGCCAACCCUCAGAGCUCCAGAGGGACGCAAUGACUCUGAUAACAUCAGCCGUUCGCGACCACAGGUUUGUGUGUCUCUCUCUCCACUAGUGUUCUUAAGUAUCAUUAACUCAUCGUUCCACGAGCAAUUACGGUUAUAUGUAUUGAUGUGGAAUAUCAAGACAACUUAAAAAUACCAUUGCUCAAAGUUGAAAAACUGCUAAAGAUGGCCUGCACUACUGCCCUUCGCAGAUCAGACAUUUAGAUUUAGAACUGUCGAUUCCCGACAACUUGAACCUUCUAGGGAAAUCAAAAAAAGUUUAAAUUAUUGGGGAGUUCGAAGCAGAUAACCUGUAAUAAUGAAAUCAGCAAAUGGAUGGGGAGGGAAUCCAGGAAUCUUGCACACUUCACUAUAAGGGCAGCAAGAGAUAUAGAUUGAUAUUUUGAAAAAGGAAUUGAGCAACAAUGCUUGAUUAAUAGACAGGGAUGGACACUGAAUUUGAAUCGGAGUGACCAAAAAUUUCUAAAAAGUAAAGACAAAGAACUGACAUGGCUGUUUUGAAUUAUAUUCAGCAAUGUUUUCGGACUUCAGGACACUUAUUUCUUACUUGUCAUGCAUUUAAAACAUGUUUUGAGGUUUUGAGGAUAAAAUUAUAAAGAAAUGAUAAGAAGGGAAACAAAAUUUACUUCGAGUUAAUGGGAACCUCGAGUUAUUGAGGGUUCGAGUUACCGGGGGUAAAAUUAUUGUGAAGUAUGAAGGAAAUCCAGGGGAAAUCAACUUUGAUUCGAGUUAGUGCGAGGUUCAAGGUAGCGAAGGUUCGAGUUAUCGGGAGUCAACUCAGUGUAUCCAGUGUUCCAGAUGACAGACGGGUCUUGGGUCAAUGACGCAAAAAAGAAGGCUUCCUGAACUGACAGCUGAAAUAAUUUAUAAAUGUUAAGUUAUAAAUAUAACAAAAAAAAUUAGCACAUGGUUUGGGUGACCCCUCAGAGGGUCUACAUGAUCCCGACUAGAAAGAACAAACUGGAAUGCUGUGUAUUGUCAGCCUUUCAGGAAGGUAGACACUAUUGGAGACUGUUACACUCUAAAAUUUAGUCUUGGUUUUUUGAGUCACCACUUCUCAACCCACUUUUAUAAUAUCAUUUUCUGUCCUUACCCACCGUGGAGUCCUCCAUUGUUUGGAACUUGGUAGGGAUACCACAACAAGUGCUACAACAGUAUGUGACAAAUAUUGUUGUCCAGGCUACCACAGUAUGUGACAAAUAUUGUUGUCCAGGCUGCAACAGUAUGUGACAAAUAUUGUGGUCCAGGGUCCAGUCGUUGAAAAGGUGGAUAACGCUAUCCACCAAAUAAAUUGCUGCCAAGUGGAUAGCCUGAUUUUCAUUGGCUGGAGUGUGAUUUAUUCAUUGGAUAACAAUAUCCAAGGUUUGAACAACCAAGGUGUUUUAUGGUACAUUUUGUUUUGUUCUUUGCAUUAAGAGAAACUGAUGAAUUGCACAUGAAAAUCAUGUAAAGAGCAAAAGAUAUUUGCCAGAGUCAGGUUUAAGUGAGGCAUCACCCAUCAGAAAUUAUCUUAAAGAUAAUUAUGGUAUUUUUUGCUUUGGCAUAUCUAACUUAACUUGAAAAAUUCAGAUUAUUUAUUUAAAGGGGCUAUGUGACCAGGAUGUUUUAGGUCAAUUCUGUGCUGAAUUCAUUACUUAGUACCUUUUAGGCUUUACCCAUACACAAAAUGCUCCUGUAGAGUUAUGAAAAAGUUAUCAAACAAAUUUCAUAAGGGAGGACUAACCAUAAUAUUAUUUUGGUGAUUUUUGCUGGAAAUAACUGUUACAGUAAAACUUGGAAGAACAUAUAGGCCCAAUUUUUUAAAGUUUCAAUCCAUGUCCAUCCUUGCCAUUCAUAACAACAGCAAGCAGUUUCAAGGCCUAAAUUUUGUUCCAAGUAACAAAACUGGAGUACUGUUUUUGGAAUUCAGUUGAUGUGAAGAUGUGUUUAAGCAUUUAAAAGAUAGCAAAUAGUGUGGCAUAGCCUGUUUAAAUCAGUAGGUGUUAUUUCAGUUACAUGUAGACCUCCAUAAACCCCAAUGAAAUUCAACUGUGUUGAUGAGUUAUUGAACAAUUUAUAAUGCGUUUUGAUUUUAGUCAUGUAGUGUCAAAGUAAGUUAACUUACCAAAACUCCCUUUCAAUCCCAAGUCAAACACUUAAGGAUGUUAAUUCUUAUCUGCGAGAUUUUGAACUUCUUGUUAAUUCCAACAAAUUUACUUCCCUCCAGGAGGUUUAAAAAAUCAGGAUUCUGCUACAGUUCUGUUGUAAUUUUGCAGCAAUCAAAAGAGCAAACUUUUCAAUGCUAUGAUUCAAUCUUUAUUGUCGUGAUAAUGCUAUUCUGAUAGGAGACUGCACAAGGCAAUAUUUAAUAGCAACCUUGAGUUUUAGAGGUGUGUUACAACACAAUUCAAAGAAUCUUGUACUUAUUAUCUCAUUGUGUAUUUCAACUGAAACAGGUCAGGCUUAACAAUCAAGAUUGUUUAGAAAGUUCUUCGCAAAGUGUCAGAAAACAACAUACUAAUCAGAUGUAAGUAAACUUACAAUGUGCCUGUAAAAAAAAUAAAGCUUGAAUCCUUGGUGAUUCCCCAUCCGAUGUGUACCUUCCAUGCAUCUACAUCUAAUUUAGGAAUCGGUCUUAUUAAGCUAAACAUAAGUCUCCUUUUACCCGGUAUCACCAUGGGCAUGGGGAAAGGAAAACUAACGGCUGCAAUUGGAGGUUUACUAGUAUAUUAGUUGACAUGAUGGUUCAGUGUUUCAUCCCUACAUUAGCAUUAGAUUGGCAAGAUCUGAAUAGGCCAUCUCACAGUUAAUUACUGUCAGUGAGUAUCUUGGCCUUGAGUGCCAGCAUGGCCAGAGGUGCCCUAGUUUUGAUUAAAACCCCACUGCCUUUUAAAAAUUCAUGUAAAUCAUUUUCAUAUGCAUAUGAAUGCAACUGAGGUUCUUAUCAAAACAAACUGACUAUCAGCCUCGCUUCCACCCAAAGGCUAGGUUGCCCAGCUUCAAUAAUAUUAUUGUAGAUUAGGCUAUUAUGAUUACCAUCUUUACUUCUGUGUAUUUGAAAUUCCAAAUUUUUUUAUUUUACUUCUCUUGUUUUUAAUUUGCAUUUUGGCCUUCAGGAAAACUGGCUGAAAUAGUCUAGUGUACUGACUACAUGUGUUAAAAACUACAGCCCUAGUUUACAUACAUUUUGUAUUGCUUGUUCUCGUCUUCUGUUUUGUUAAUAACUCUCUACAUGUACAAACUGUACAUUCUAUCUCUUAGAAAACAAAAACCAGUCAACGUAUUAAUAGCAGCUGAAAGUGAAUUCAAGAAAAGAAAACUUGAAAAGGAAAAGCUAGUCAAGGUUUGUUGUUAUUUAUUUUUUUACCUCUGUCGAUUUUUUUCUUCUGUUUGAAAUGCCUGUUUAUAUUUCUCCCAAAGGAAAGGGAAGUGAUGAUACAAAAACACAGGGAGGAGGUUCGAGAGAAAAUGAGGAAGCGCCGUGAAACUUUUGGCCGCUUGAACAAAAAAACGCGUAGAGGACAACCUGUGAUGGCUAAUCAAAUAGAACAUCUACUUGGCAAGAUUCAGGGCAAGUCCUGA